AUGCCUCGUCCUAUGAUCUCCCAAGCAGCCAGUCUACCCAAUGAUCCCUUGUUCAAACAACUGCUUCACAAUUCCCAGGUCAACCCUAACAUCCUGAUCCAUGAUCCAACUUAUAACAAGGAUGCCACUACAGCCCAAUUACUUCGCGAUGUAGUGGCAUUUCGGGACAAAAUCCUCUCACAGCUACCCCGACACUACUUAAACCACCGAGGAAGACUCCAGACCCCGGGAGUCUAUAUGGCUAUCCUCGCCCCCCUGAGCUACGACUUUAUUGUUGCUUUGUACGCCGUCAUCGCCCUAGGCGCCGCAGCCGUACCAUUAUCAACUAAAGUGCUGCCUGAAGAAGGAGCCUGGCUUGUGAACAAAUGCAACGCCAUCUGCCUGCUCGCCCAGCCAGAGCAGAUGCCGCUCGCCUCCCAGAUUCAGUUCCAGGGACCAAUUACCCCUCCUAACCCACUGGCACUGCCAGUGAUCGCAAUCCAACAUCUUCCCAAUUUGGAUGCAUCCCCUGGGCUCCCCCAGAUUGACCCAGCCCUAACCUUUCCCUCCACUCAGCCAGGUCUCCUCCUCUUCACAUCGGGGACCACAGGUCCUCCAAAAGGUGCUAUUCUACCUCGCCAACUCUUCUUCCCGCACGUCACCCCCGACUGCACUGCCGAUGACACCGCCAUCGUCUAUCGUGCCGUCAACGGUUUACCCGGGGUGCUGAAUUUAAGCGACCUGGUCUAUGUCGGCGCGCGCAUCGAGCUCUUUCCUGCCGGAAUUGAGCCAGCCCCGAUCUGGGAGCGACUCCGCUGCGGCGGAGUCACUGUGCUAGCGGGUGCUACUCGCUUCUGGCAGGUGCUCAUGACACACUACGAGGAGAGGCUACGAGCUCUACCCGAGGAUGAGCGUAUCCUGUAUGAUGAGGGAGCUCGGAAUUUGCGAGUCGUGUGGUUUGGGGGUGGAAUGCCCUUGCCAGUUGCGAAACGGUUUUGGCUCCGCCUGCGCGGGGAGAGGGACUGGAUGGUGAAGUACGGGGCGUCGGAGUUGGGCAGGGAGGCGAUGGUAUUUCGAUUCUCGAGCGAGAGUGCCUCUUUGAAGCCGAUCAUUGGGCGUCCGUUGGCUGGGACUGAAGUCAAGUUGACAGAUGGCGAGCAUGGGGAGUUGUUGAUCAAGAGCCCGACGAUGAUGAUCGGGUACAUCGAUGACGAAGAACGCACGCGUGCGGCAUUCGAUGACAAUGGCUUCUAUCGGACUGGAGAUCUCGUCCACCAAGAUGCCCAGGGUAGGUUCGUAUUUGACGGCCGUGUAUCGGCGGAUUUCGUCCGGUUCAACGGGCUCCGCGUCUCGGUCUACGAAGUUGAAUCGCAUCUAUGCGACCUGCCCUACAUCGUCGAGGGAUAUGUGCUCAGUAUCCCAGACAGUCGCUACGGGCAUCGCGUCGGUGCCCUCGUGGUUUUAGGUGCGGGAAAAGCAUCGCUGACGCUGAGGAGCCUGCGGAAAGAUCUUGCCGCAGCGCUGGCCACAUAUAAGUUGCCGACGGUGCUGCGCGUGGUGGACAGGGAUGAGAAGCUGCCGCGCAGUCCGGAGGGAAAACUGUCGCGGAAUCCCGCCUUGCAGAGGUUCUUUCCUACGGACAAUGAUGAGUUGUCGGGCAAGGUGGAGGUUUGGGACUUGGGGGUGGAGGAAAUGGCGACAAAGCGGGCGUGGGAUUGGGGCGGUGUUUAA